AUGGUGUUGGGUCGGCCUGAGGUAUUCUUCUACCUUGCAUCAUUUACAAAAUUGCGGAUUACUUUGUUUCAACAUGUAAAACCUCAUUUUUCUAACAUACUGAAAAUGUUGGUUGGUUCGCAGAUUGCUGGUUUAGGACUGUAUGCAACCAUUGAUUUAGAGAAGGCACGGGUCGGGCGAACUAGAAACAUUAAAAAUCAAAGUUCCAACCCUCGGUGGAAUGAGUCCUUUCAUGUUUACUGUGCCCACAUGGUUUCUAGUAUCAUAUUCACAAUAAAAGAAGAUAAUCUUGUUGGGGCAACAUUAAUUGGACGAGCUUAUUUGCCUGUUCAGGAAGUUUUAAAUGGCCAAGUAAUCGAAAAAUGGCUCGAAAUAUUGGAUGAAGAUCAUAAACCUAUUCCUGGAGGCUCUAGAAUGCAUAUCAACCUACAGUUUUUCAAUAUAAACCAAGAUAGUAAUUGGUCUCAAGGAAUCAAAAGUCCUAUAUUUGGAGGAGUCCCUUACACAUUCUUCAAGCAAAGACAAGGUUGCAAAAUUACACUGUAUCAAGAUGCCGAUGUUCCGGGUGAUGAAUUUCCCAUGUUUCUUAGUUCAGAAGGCCCGCGUUACGAGCCCCGAAGAUGUUGGGAGGACAUCUUUGAUGCAAUCAGCAAUGCCAAACAUUUGAUUUAUAUAACUGGAUGGUCGGUUUACACUAAAAUCUCCUUGGUAAGGGAUCGAACGAUGCCCAAGCCAGGAGGAGAGAUCAUACUUGGUGAACUGUUGAAAAAUAAGGCAGAUAAGGGGGUGAAUGUCCUUAUGCUUGUUUGGGAUGAUAGAACUUCAGUGGAGGCACUAAAGAAGGAUGGUUUGAUGGCUACACAUGACAAAGAGACUAGAGAUUACUUCCAAAACACAAAAGUUCGUUGUGUGUUGUGUCCACGUAAUCCAGACGAUGGAAAGAGCAUAUUUCAAGGACUCAAGGUUUCCACCAUGUUCACUCACCAUCAGAAGACGAUAAUUGUGGACAGUGAAAUUCCGGGAGGAAGAUCACAGAAGAGGAGGAUUGUGAGUUUUGUAGGUGGCAUUGAUCUUUGUGACGGGCGAUAUGAUACUCUAGAUCAUCCCCUUUUUAGUACUUUGGACACCAUUCAUCAUGAUGAUUUCUAUCAGCCAAACUUUUUAGGCUCUUCAAUCAGAAAAGGUGGUCCCAGGGAGCCCUGGCAUGAUAUUCAUUGCCGCUUAGAAGGACCAGUUGCUUGGGAUGUCCUGUAUAAUUUUGAGCAAAGGUGGAAGAAACAAGUUGGAGAUAAGUAUAUUUUUCCUGUAACUGAACUUGAUAAAUUCAUUAUUCGCCCUUCGCCUGUUACAACAUCACAGGACCUCGAAACAUGGAACGUUCAAAUAUUUCGAUCAAUUGAUGGUGGGGCAGUUUCUGGCUUCCCAGAAAAACCUGUUGUUGCUGCUGCAGUAGGCCUUGUUAACGGGAAAGAUAACAUCAUUGAUCGAAGCAUCCACGAUGCUUACAUCCAUGCCAUUCGCCGAGCAAAGAACUUUAUUUACAUCGAAAGUCAGUAUUUUGUGGGCAGCUCGUACAAUUGGAAAUCAGACGAUAUUAAGGUUGAGGACAUUGGUGCAUUGCAUCUCAUACCAAAUGAGCUUUCUUUGAAAAUUGUUAGCAAAAUUGAAGCAGGAGAGAGGUUCACUGUCUACAUUGUAAUUCCAAUGUGGCCAGAGGGUAUACCUGAGAGCGGUUCUGUUCAAGCAAUUUUAGACUGGCAAAAGAGGACAAUGGAGAUGAUGUACACAGAUAUUGCUCAAGCCUUGAGUGCUAAGGGACUCACUGCAAACCUUAGGGACUACUUGACUUUUUUCUGUCUCGGGAAUCUUGAGGGCCAGAAGAUGGGAGAAUACACACCUCCAGAGAAACCAGAUCCUGAUACUGAUUAUAGCAGAGCUCAACAGGCGCGUCGCUUCAUGAUCUAUGUUCAUGCAAAUAUGAUGAUAGUUGAUGAUGAAUACAUAAUCAUCGGAUCAGCGAACAUCAACCAAAGAUCAAUGGAUGGUGCCAGGGACUCCGAGAUUGCAAUGGGAGCCUAUCAACCCCAUCAUUUAGCAACUACAAAACCAGCCAGGGGUAGAAUAUUCAAUUUUCGUCUAUCCUUAUGGGGUGAGCAUAUGAGCAUGGUGCCCGACAUCUUUGUGCACCCAGAGAGUUUGGAUUGUGUCCAGUUUGUUAAUCGAAUUGCUGAUGAAAAUUGGAAGUUUUACUCAACUGAUACAUACAUCGGCAAUCUUCUUGUCCAUCUCCUUCGCUACCCCGUUGAAAUCUCUAGCAAUGGAAUGAUUGGUACAUUGCCAGGGAUUGAAUUUUUUCCAGACACCAAUGCCAAAAUCCUUGGCACCAGGUCAGAAGAUCUUCCAUCAGUCCUCACUACUUAA